AUGGCUCUAAUUUUGAGAUAUGUCAACAAAAGUGGAAUGGUGAUAGAGCGAUUCUUGGGUAUUGUCCACGUAAAUGAUACAUCUUCUCAAUCAUUAAAAAAGGCAAUUUAUUCUUUGCUUUUGGAUCACUCAUUAUGUACAUCCAAAAUACGUGGUCAAGGUUAUGAUGGGGCUAGUAAUAUGCAAGGGGAAAUAAAUGGUCUCAAGUCUUUGAUUUUACAAGAUACGUCAUCUGCAUAUUCUAUUCACUGUUUUGCUCACCAAUUGCAAUUGGCACUUGUAGGUCUUUCCAAAAAGAAUUCGGAUGUGGAUAAUUUUUUUUAUGUUCUCACUAAUAUUUUGAAUACUAUUGGAGCUUCAUUUAAACGCAGAGAUUCACUUCGACAACAUCAAGAAGAUAAGUUGGAAGAGUUGCUUAAAUUUGGAGAAGUUCAUACAGGGCAAGGUUUGAAUCAAGAACGUGGCCUCCAACGACCGGGUGAUACUCGUUGGGGGUCUCAUUUUAAAACCUUGGACAAUUUCCUGAUUCUUUUUUCUUCAAUUGUUAAUGUGCUUAAGGAUAUGAAACGUGAUUGUCCAUAUCAUCUUGAUAGAUUUGCGGCGGAAAAUCUUUUGAGCAAGAUUCAUGAAUUUGAAUUUGUCUUUAUGUUGCACUUGAUGUUUAAGGUGUUGCUAUUGACGAAUGAGUUGAAUAAAGUUUUACAAAAAAAAGAUCAAGAUAUCGUUAAUGCUAUGGGAUUGCUUGACCUUUCAAAGAAACGAUUGCAAAUGAUGAGAGAGGAUGAAUGGGACUCUAUGAUGGAUGAGGUUAGCUUAUUUUGUGGUAAACAUGGAGUUUCAAUUCCCAAAAUGAAUGAAGACUACUCUAAUGGGAAGUCGAAGCGUAAGAGGUCCAAUAUUUCAUAUUUGCAUCACUUUCGUGUGGAAGUAUUUUAUGCCGUCAUUGAUUUGGCACUUCAAGAACUCAAUAAUCGUUUUGAUGUGGUGACUAGUGACUUGCUCCUCGGUAUGGCUAGUUUGAGUCUGGUUGAUUCAUUUGCUAAUUUUCACAAGGAUAGGAUAAUAAAACUAGCCGAGUACUACUCAAGUGAGUUUGGUGAUAAAGAGCUUCGGGAACUCAAUUUUCAACUUGAUGAUUUUAUUGUCUAUGCUCAAAAGUGUGAUAGCAAGUUUCUCAACUUGAAGGGAAUCAAGAAUCUUGCAAAAGUGAUGAUAGAGACAAAACUAGAUCAAACUUGGUCACUUGUGUAUCUACUUGUGAAGUUAACUUUGAUUAUUCCUGUUGCUACCGCAAGCGUGGAAAGAGCAUUCUCAUCAAUGAAGUACAUAAAGAAUGAUUUGCGUAAUAGGAUGGAUGAAGAUCUUUUGAAUGGUUGUUUAGUUUGCUAUAUAGAGCGUAGUAUAUUUUAA